UUUUCUGAUUUUUUGCAAAAAAUUGUCAUGUGCAGGUAUAUAACUUGAGUAUUUUCCAGAAUUAGAUAUAUAUGUUUCUUUGUUGACAAUAUGUCUAACAUUGCUGCCCAACGAAUUCAACGAGAAUUUAAUGAAGUCAUCAAAUCUGAUGAGGCUCAGAAGUUUUCCAUCAAAUUAGAAAUGGAUGGAAGUGAUUUUCGUCACAUCAAUGGGGAGAUUGCGGGUCCUCCAGACACACCGUAUGAGAGUGGCAACUUUAAAUUAGAAAUCAAAAUACCUGACACGUAUCCAUUCAAUCCACCCAAGGUCAAAUUUCUCACAAAAAUUUGGCAUCCCAACGUCUCAUCAGUGACUGGAGCCAUCUGCUUAGACAUCUUGAAAGACCAAUGGGCGGCCGCCAUGACGUUGCGGGUUGUGCUGCUGUCCCUGCAGGCGCUGCUGGCUGCGGCCGAGCCUGAUGACCCUCAGGACGCCGUGGUUGCCAACCAAUACAAGGAAAACAGAGCGCUCUUCACCAGCACAGCGCGAUACUGGACUACUGUUCAUGCUGGAGGCAAGCAACUCAACCCUGAUUUUGACAAGAAGAUUCACACGCUGCUAGACCUGGGCGUGGAGAAGCACCAGGCUCUGGUGGCGCUCUCUGCCUGUGACUGGAACUUAGACCGUGCCCUGGAACAGAUAUUCUCGUAGGCUUCAUCGCUGCCCUUUGCCUGCUUUGCUCCUGUACAAAUAGCAACUAAGUUAAGCCUCACGCUCUUCUAAAUAAAUGUAUUGGAAUAUCUACAAGAAAAAGCUAACAAUGCAUAGGUACCGUCUAUAAUAGAGUGCUAUUUAUGAAUCUUGUUAGCCCUUCUAGUUUACCAAUUCAAAUCUACAUUAUUUUAUCAAAUGGACUCAUUUUUUAAUCAGAGAGAUCAAUCACUGUGAUUUUAUGUGUAAAAGGUCAGAUAAUAAAAGACUUGAAUUAAAAUUUAGAGCACAAUUGAAAUAUAUUGCAAGCUGUUACCAAGUGAUUUAGACCUAGAUGGUUUACCAGUGAUUGAAACCUAGAUGAUUUACCGAGUGAUCCCGACCUAGAAACAUCUAAUUUAUUUCGUGAGAUUUACUAGACACAUGAUAAUGGAAAAACUUGAAUACAAACGAUUGUUUUUCCGUGGAGCUUAUGCGGAGUUCACUCGCACUCCGAUGCUUCGCCUCUGCUCAAACAUGGGUCAUUUUUCGUCACAUUUACAAGCCUCGUGAUAAUUUGACUGGUAAAAUAUGCCAGUCACACCAACGAUAUUUGUUGAGAACAUAACAUUGAUUUCCUUUCCAUCCGUUUUUAUUAGCUUGUCAUAUUAUAAAGCUCCUAAGUACCUUCAUUCUGUUUUUACUCAUGAAACAAACGAUUAUAUCCUAUAAUCGGUACUCAUUUGCUGAUGAAGUUUUUUGUGUUUGGUGACAAUUUAUAUUGUGAGACGUCAUCUUGGGCUGUCCUCGCUGAUGUAGGCUCUAGAAAGGUGAAGCGCUUGUUGUGCCAGGAGUUACUAGCUCAGUUAGUCCUUGUUGAGGAGUCAUACGGACAUGCAACGAAUCAUUCUUACCGACCAACACUGCAACCACCUGUUACUGUGUGAAAAAACAUUAUUAUGUGACGGAAAAUACACGGCUACCAGUUUCUCAAGUUCUCUCACAAUAAACUAUAAAUGGUGAACAUUUUUUGGGGCUUGAUAGCUGGUACUUCAUGUCUAAAUGAAAAAAUUCAUUAGUGUCAACGCAAAGCUCGCGACCACCUUGAAAUAAAUGUAUCCAGGAGCAGAAAAUGAAAAUGUAGGCGUUAGUGAAGACUGGGGUUAUCCCAUAAUACAAAUGUUUGUUUACUAGAGCAUCGUUCGUUCCUCUCGCCUGUCUUCAAAUUCUCCGUAUAUGUCACGCUCGUUGUUGGAAUUGUUUCUUACUAAUAUUAAGAUGCCUGUGUGUGUAGACAUGGAUAAUAAAUUUAAUUUUACUGAA